AUGAGUGAUGGAUCUGAAAAGAAAGUAAAAAACAUAGCCUUUGUGUCCAACACUGAAGAUAAAAAGGAAGAAAAUAGUCAGGAUACUGAUGAAGGUAAUCCCUAUACUAUUCCAUUUGGUUCAACUCCUGUCACUAAGUAUAAGGAAGGAACACACUAUACUGAUCGUGUUAUAAGAGACAUAGUUACUAGAAUUCUUAAUGAAGGCCACUCUGUGAAGGGGGUUUCUACUCCCCUUGCUCAAAUGUAUCCCUCUCAUGAGGUUGAACAAACUAGUGGUAAGGGUCAUGAUUCCUCCAGUUCUGAAAAGGCCUUGGUAGCUGAAGGGUUGCGCUCUCUAGGGCAAACUGUGUCUGACAAAGGGAAAUAUGUGGCCUCUAACACGACUAAUGCUUCCCACUUUGAGAAGCAUGAUGAUGCAAAUGUUGUGAUUGAUCUAGAGGAUGGUAGCUCUGAUGAUCAAGAGGAAAGCUUGAUUCAUCACAUAAAGCCAAAUUUGGCUAAACGCAUGAAGACUCACAAAGGAAAACCUGUGGCUGAACUUAUGUCAGCUAGAGAAGCUAAGAAGACUGCUGUCAUUGGUCCCUCCAAACCAUGGAGCAAGGUUGAAAUAAAGAAGAGGAAGGUCAGAGAUGAUUCUGAGCCUGAAGAGGAUGUUGAGGAAGAUGUCCCUGACAUCUCGCCUGCAAAGAAAACUACUGUUAGGAAGUCUCAUGUUAAAGUACUUGUUGUUCAUUUGGAUAACAUCUCUUCCAUCUUGAGGAUGGAGCUGCUAAGUUUAGUCAAGGAAUUUAUUGUUAAUAUUCCUGAGGAUAUUUUUGAUAAGAACAGUAAGGAGUUAUGUAAGGUGUAUGUGAGGGGCAGAAAUAAUGACGGUGCAGGAGAAUUAGAGGUUACAGACAAUCAGGUCUGUAGGGAGAUUACAGCUAAGCAGGUGAAAGUUUUGCCUUUUAAAAAGCAUCUUCCUGCUGGGAAGUUGACUAUCAAGUAUGCUAUCCUGCAUAAAAUAGGAGCUGCUAAUUGGGUCUCUACCAACCAUAUCUCCACCAUUACUAAUACUCUUGGGAGGUUUAUUUUUGCUGUUGGGACAAAAAGGAAAUUUGACUAUGGUAGAUAUAUAUUUGAUCAAAUCAUCAAGCAUGCAACUACUAAUGCAGUUAAGCUGCCAAUUGCUUUUCCCUCUAUGAUCUGUGGAAUUAUCUUGAAUCAACAUCCUGGUAUUCUAUGCUCAAAUGAUUUACCUAGUAGGAGAAAACCAGCUUUGUCUGUGCACUACAAACUCUUUGAAGGCAGUCAUGUCGAGGAUAUUGUCAUGACAUCUGCCAUGAGGAGGCCAGUCUCAAAAGUUGGAGAAUUUGUUGAGCUUAAGGAGACAUGCAAAGAGCUAGGUGAAGGGAUUAGGGUAGCCACAACUAGAAAACAAUCUUUAGAAGCCUUGAUUGAAAGCUUGGAGCAGGCUAAGGGUGAAAAUGUUGAACAUGUUAAUGUCAGCCAUGAAGAAGAAGCUGAAGCCCACACCUCUAGUGAGAGGUCUGCUAACAAUGAUGAUGCGAGUGGCAAUUCUGCUUCUGGUGCUGCUGAAGAGGCUGCAAACUCAAGCUCUACUGAGUAG